AAAACACACAUAGGUAGAUAUGAUUUGUAAUAUAUUUACAUUAGUUUGCAAUAAUGUAAUAAAUUAAUAUACUAUUACGUAAUUCCUAAUUCUCCUACUAAGUCAUGUGGCCAUGGUGCGAAGAGAUAGGCUGCUUUUUUUUCCCGACCCAACUCAUGCAAAGCUCGUGUCUCUUUGUCUCAUAAACGUACAUUAUGGCCAAUGCUCAAUCUUUCAUGAAUACUGGUCGUGAAUCAGCUCCCGCGUCUACUCGUCGUAAAAGACAACCGUCGAGGCGGCGCUGAGACCAGUGUUCUGGCAGACUUUCUAUCAGGCAGACACCCUUGUCGCAGACAGUCCAGCCUCUGCCCGACGCGCUCUCUCAUUGGUCCAGCGAGCGGACCAAUCGGCAUCCAGCGAGGCUUGCGGAAAAUACCGCCGCGGACACGUGCCGUAUGUACACAGCGGAAAGCAAAACGGUACAUGUCUGCUGUGCAUGCACUGUUACACGCUGGACAUGUCGAGCAGUGUGCAUUUCUAAUACGGAUGAUCAAGACCGGUGAAGACACUGAAACGCCAUCUCAGGUGGCCUUUAGCAUGUAGAGCAACACAUCUCCAAAGAGGCGAGAAGACCAGAUACAGACUGAAGAGAGCUGUUUUUCUCACUCUCCCUCACAAUCUCUCAUCCCAUCUGUUGGGGCACUUAUGCCAAGGCUGUUUCAUAAGCAGAAAAUCAUCUCGUCUGCUUCAAAUUGAGUGACACUUUUUCCCAAGUUAAUUGCUGUCUUCUUUGAAAAGGCAGCUGUUGCUUUUUGGUCAUUCACAACAUUUUUACAGUCAAAAUCUGCAGUCUUUGAAACUCUCAUAGAAGGGCUCACAGCCCAGACCUUUUAGACCUGACAUUUUCUUUGCAGGACAAACAAUGAAUUUCUCCCCUUAGUUCUUUUAACAACCAGCCAACAGCUAUGAUUCACCUGUUCGUACAUAGUAGUCCCACUUAAAUUAAAGUUGUUCUUGUUUUCACCUUGGCUGACACCUUAAUCAAGCUGCACCAGCCUCAUCCUACUCUAGUAUGAGUUAUGACAACCCUAAAAUAACGCCCAGCAACUGCACUCGGGGGCGAGUGGCAAGGGCCAAUGACAAAGACAAUGACACAGAAGCGGAGACAGAAGGGUUAAACUCUCCGAAAACCAGUGGCACUCAGCCCACUGGCGAUGUUGCCUCUCAGCAGCAGGGGAGUGGAUCUGGAUGCUCCUCUUCUCCCAGUGGAGGGUCAGGAUGUGGAAGGUCUUCCGGAGACCGAAGGAGGCCCAACUCCGAUGAUAUGGAUGGAGUCUCCAGCGGGAACGACUCUGGCGAGAGGGAAAGUGAGGGCGGGAUGGAGAGAGAGAGCGGGUCACAUGGACGCCAGUCUACACGCAGCUCUCACAGCUCGUCUAACGGCAAGGAUUCUGGCAUGAUGCUGGAAACCACAGAGAGCAACAAGAGCUCCAACUCCCAGAGUCUCUCCCCUCCCAGCGGCUCACUGGCAUACAGCCUGUUGUCAACCAGCUCGGAGCAAGACCCCCCAUCCACCUCUGGCUGCAGUAGUGACCAGUCAGCGAGGGUCCAGACCCAGAAAGAGCUCAUGAAGGCAAUCAAGGAGCUGAAGUUGCGUUUACCGACGGAGCGCAAGACCAAGGGCCACUCCAGCACCCUAAAUGCACUAAAAUAUGCACUACAGUGUGUCAAACAAGUCAGAGCCAACAAAGAGUACUACCAUCAGUGGAGUGUAGAGGAGUGUCAUGGCUGCAGCCUGGACUUGUCUGCCUUCACAAUUGAGGAGCUUGACAACAUCACCUCAGAAUACACUCUCAAAAACACUGACACUUUUUCGAUGGCCGUAUCUUUCUUGUCAGGGAAAGUUGUGUAUGUAUCACCCCAAGGCUCAUCCCUGCUGCGCUGCAAGCCGGACUGUCUCCAAGGGACUGUUUUUUCCGAGCUUUUGGCCCCACAGGACGUCAGCACUUUCUACAGCAGUACGGCACCCUGCCGCCUGCCACCCUGGGCCUCCUGCAUCGGGUCUGCAUCUUCUCCAGUCGACUGUACUCAGGAGAAGUCCAUGUUCUGUCGGAUCAGUGCCGACCGGACACAAGGUGGCAAGAUGCACUACUACCCCUUUCGCCUCACACCCUACCAGCUGACCAUCAGAGACUCGGAUGCUGCUGAGCCACAACCCUGCUGCCUGCUCAUCGCAGAGCGGGUCCACUCUGGAUACGAGGCUCCUCGUAUCCCUCCAGACAAGAGGAUCUUCACCACCAGUCACACUCCCAGCUGUCUCUUCCAAGAAGUCGAUGAGAGAGCAGUACCAUUGUUGGGCUACCUGCCUCAGGACUUGGUGGGAACCCCCACCCUGCUCUACAUCCACCCUGAGGACAGGCCCAUGAUGGUGGCCAUACAUGAGAAGAUCUUUCAGUUUGCAGGACAGCCAUUUGAAUAUUCACCCCUGAGAAUGUGCGCCCGAAGUGGGGAAUAUCUGACCAUCGACACCAGUUGGUCUUCCUUUGUCAAUCCCUGGAGCCGCAAAGUGGCAUUCAUUGUCGGGCGUCACAAAGUCAGAACGAGCCCACUCAAUGAAGACGUGUUCACAGUGCCGCAGGACUGCGAGAGCCGGGUCACCACACCCGACGUCGUCCAGCUGAGCGAGCAGAUCCACCGGAUUCUGGUACAGCCAGUGCACAAUGGCGGCUCUCAAGGCUACAGCUCAUUCGGGUCAAGUGGCUCGCGAGGCUCCCGCCAUUCGCACCAACAGCACCUCAGUGCCUCUGCCACCUCAUCGAGUGACAGUAAUGGCCCCGCUAUGGAUGAGGCUGCUGCUGCAGUGGCUUUGCACAAACCGAUGACUUUCCAGCAGAUCUGCAAAGAUGUUCACAUGGUCAAGACUAACGGACAGCAGGUGUUUAUCGAGUCUCGCAAUAGGCCACCGCCCAGGAAAAACAUGAGCACAGGCCCAACAAACAUCAGAGCCGUCGCUGGUGACCCAAUCAGAAGUUUGAUCACUGAUGUGACCAAACUACCCAAAGCUUUGGUCCCUGCACCACUUGUACAGAAGGAGGCCCCUACUGGCUACUCCUACCAGCAGAUCAACUGUCUGGACAGCAUCAUAAGGUAUUUGGACAGCUGUAACAUCCCUAAUACGGUCAAAAGGAAGUGUGGCUCCUCCUCCUGCACCUCCACAUCCGAUGAGGACAAACAGCAGGAGGCCAGUGGCAACAACAAAGUAAGCCUCGUAGGUGAACCACCUUCUCUACCCCCUCUGACCAUGGCCACAAAGGCAGAGAGUGUAGCCUCAGUCACGUCCCAGUGUAGCUUCAGCAGCACCAUCGUGCAUGUGGGAGACAAGAAGCCUCCGGAAUCAGACAUCGUCAUGGAGGAGGCUCCUACAACUCCCACACUCGCUCCUCCAACAACCACCCCACCUCGUCCCGCCAGUGGCCCAACACCUCCUGCCAGCACACCCAUCACCCCUCCUCCCCUUCCUCCUCCUCAAGCCACUCCGCCAGAGAGGGACAGCCGGAGAAGUGGAAGUGUAGGAGGAGGUGGGGGAGGCCGUAUGGGCCUGACAAAGGAGGUGUUAUCUGCCCACACCCAGCAGGAGGAGCAGGCGUUCCUUGACCGCUUCAAGGACCUCAGCAAGCUGCGCGUUUUCGAUCAGACAGCGUCUUCGACUCUGCGCUGCCAAACCCCAGCUGCCAACCCACUGUCACGAGGGGUGCGUUGUUCUCGCGAUUACCCAGCUGUGGGAAGCAGUACCAGUCACAGACGUGGACGUGGCGGUAAGAGACUCAAGCACCAGGAGUCAUCUGACCAGCACAGCUCUCUUGGCCCGAGCGGGAGCCACCGUGACCCCAGAACUAGCACAGCUCCCAUGCCCCUCAACAUGCCCCUUGGACCCCAAACAAACUCAUCCUCGUGGCCAUCCGUAGGCUCCCAGGCCGGCAUUCCCACUGCCCCUUUCGCGCCUGGCAUGCUUCCAGUCUACCCUGUGUACCCACCACUUGCACAGCCCUUUGCACAGCCAGUCUCCGAUCCAUCACGUUUCCCCCAAACGCAGAUGGUGCCUCCCAUGAUGGCCUUUGUUCUGCCCAACUACAUGUUUCCUCAGAUAGGAGCACCCAUCCCUCAGCCAGGCGCGACCCCCGGACACUUGUAUAAUCCUAACUUCACGUACCCUCCCAGCACCAUAGCCUCUGCCCCACCUGUCAUUUCCAACCCCAUACCCAUUUCAGCCACCUGCGCUCCCUCUCGUAGCAGCACCCCCCAGUCCUACAGUCAGACCCCUGCUGAGCGUGAGGGUGCAGAGUCCCCCCUCUUCCAGUCCCGAUGCUCCUCACCUCUGAACCUGUUGCAGCUGGAGGAAUCACCAAGCAACAGGUUAGAGGUCACCACGGCUCUGGCAGCAUCACAGCAAGCCACACCUUCUGUACAAUGCGGUGCGCCUGGGGGACAGAGCUCAGCCAAUCAGGGGGGCUCUGAUGAUACCUCCAAAGAGAAUGAGAACGGUGAAACUAAUGAGUCCAACCAAGAUGCCAUGUCCACCUCCAGUGACCUGCUGGACUUGUUGCUGCAAGAAGACUCCCGUUCAGGGACUGGUUCAGCUGCCUCUGGUUCAGGGUCCUCAGGCACGAGGUCCUCUGGUUCAGGCUCCGGCUCCAACGGCUGCAGCUCCUCUGGCACCAGUGGCACCAGCGGCAGCCACACCAGCAAGUACUUUGGCAGCAUCGACUCAUCAGAGAACGAUCAUUCACGUAAACAGCCAGCAGGGGGAAGCAGUAGCACCGGAGGAGACGGCGGUGAGGAGCAAUUUAUCAAGUGUGUCCUGCAGGACCCCAUCUGGCUGCUGAUGGCCAACACUGACGACAAGGUCAUGAUGACGUAUCAGCUGCCUGUCAGGGAUAUGGAGACUGUGCUGCGAGAGGAUCGUGAGGCCCUGAGGAGUAUGCAAAAACACCAGCCACGUUUUACCGAGGAGCAGAAGAGGGAGCUGAGCCAGGUGCAUCCCUGGAUCCGCACAGGCCGCCUGCCUCGAGCAAUCAACAUCUCUGGCUGUGCAGGCUGCAAGUCUCCCCCGUUUGUGCCUCCCACUGCUCCGUUCGACGUGGAGAUCCAUGAGAUGGAGCUGUGCAAUGUGCUGAAAGCUCAUGAGGAAGACGCCAGCAAGGGGAAGAAAAACCUUUCAGAGACUCUCAUGGAUGAAGCUCACGCAGAGGAUGAGGAUGAUGAUGAAGAAGAGGUAGAGGAAAAAGGAACCAAAACAGAAGACAGCAACCAAGACAUGCCAGCAGAGGAGCAGAGAGAGACCUCAGAAGCUGUGAAAGAAAAGUCUCACAUGACCCACUAAGAAGGUGGCCAAAGAUGACCUUUCUACACUGAUAUGCAGAAAUCCCUUCCAGGACUUUCUGUGCCCAAAACAUCAUUACACGGGGUGUAAAGUUGUUAAAAUUGGGAUUUGCCAGGACAUUACGGUGCAUGUUGAUCAAGGCAACUUCCAUUUAUUGUCUGACAGGCCAGGCAGGAUACUUGGCCAAGUUAAUUCUUCAUCGAGUCUGACUUUCGAUCACAGCACAGCAGGCACGUUGUACGACUGCCUUUGAAACCACAGUACAUGCACACUCGGUUUUAGAAAGUGAAGUAGUACUUUAAUCCUGACUUGUUCUUGUAGUUUUUGGCAUAUUUAUUUAACUUGUAAGAUAAUGGGAGAGAACUAAGGUGAAUGUGUAACAAAAACAAGCCUUUACAUAAAGAUGGAUGUUGUUCACCACAGUGUCCUCCUUGAUGUUUUCAUCUCUCCUGUUCAGGGUUCAACCCUCGAGGAAAGAAGGGAGUUUAAUGUGACUUUUCUUCUUGGUGAAUGUUUCCUAGGUUGUCUGGGACCCUGCCCCCACCUAGAUCCCGUUUCUCUCAGAAAGUCAUUGUUUUUUAAAUGUAAAAAGUUUAUCCCAAAUGAAGAAAAAGCGACUUUCACCCAAUAGAUAAAAUGUACAGUGAGAACCAGGUUUAUUUUGUAAACAUUGUGUAUAUUUUUAUACUUUCAGUCCACAGCAGAUACAUAGAGGAUAUAUGCCCAAAGGUGUCUGUAAUGUAAAAAGGGUAUGUGAAAAAUCAAGGAUUGAAAUCUUAUCUUAUGUUUUCUCAUGACACAGCGAUCUAGUUACUUUGCUUGAGUGACGUACAGCUUAUAGUGGGGCAACGUGGCAGUCGCCAAGAGGUUGACCUGGACUUUUAAAGUUUUCUUUGGCUGGGCAUUAGUUCUCACAAACAUCACAGAAAGUAUUUCCAAACUGCCAGCACCUUAAGGAGUUGUGAGGCCUUCUAAUUUGGCUCCUACACCUUCAGUGGAGGGAGAGGUUUUGUGUUGCCAGUGCUUGCUCGAAACGUUAAGUGGAUUUGAAAGAGGUGGACGCAACUCAUAAAAAGUCUUGAGAGCUUGGAGAGUGUUUACUAUCUUGUUUUCCUCUCUGUCCCUUUCUCUUUCUCUGUGGCACUGUUCUGGUCAUGUGAUAUCCUAUGCUUUAUGGCGUAAGUGGUGUCUGCAACAGUUUCUUAAUAUUUUUGUGAAAUUCUUUGUACAAAAAAAGACAAUAAAACUACUUGAAAAGCC